GGAAGUAGUGUGAGUGUUUCCGGGUCGCACACUUAGCAAGUCAGCUAAGUGGAAAUGAAGACACAAACACGGCGUACUUUUCUUUAGUCUUCUUCGACUCCAUCUGUAGAACAUGUCCACAUUGCAGGAUGCUCAACAUGAAUCCAGACGGCGGCUCGCGGACCUCUGAUUGGACGUUUGGAGACAUCCGGAUAUGAAAAGGAGCAAAGUGCUGGAUGUUGUUUUAAAGGCCGACAUGGAGCUGCGGAGAGAAGCAGACGUCCAGCAGCGGUUGGUGGUUCAAGAAGAGGGUCCUCCUGAGCAGCAGGACUGGAGCUCCAGUCUGGACCAGGAGGACCCAGAGCCCCCACACAUUAAAGAGGACCAGGAGGACCCAGUGCCCCCACACAUUAAAGAGGAACAGGAGGAACUCUGGAUCAGUCAGGAGGGAGAGCAGCUUCACGGUCUGGAGGAGGCUGGUAUCAGGUUCUCAUUCACUCCUCUGAAGAGUGAAGAGGAAGCUCAGUCCUCUCAUCUUCAUCACAGACUAACUGAAGACAUGGAAACAGAAGGUGAUGGAGAGGACUGUGGAGGACCAGAACCAGACAGGAAGUCAGAUCCACAUAGACGUCUAGAACCUGAUACUGAGACUUCAGACUCAUCUGAAUCUGAGCCUGAAGAAGACUGGACGGAUCCUGAAAGAAAACUGUUUCACUGCUCUGUGUGCGCUAAAACAUUUAAACAGAGGGGAAAUCUGAACAUACACAUGAGGACUCACACAGGAGUGAAACCGUUCAGUUGCUCCGUGUGCAGUAAAAGGUUCACCCAGAAAGCAGGUCUGGACUACCACUUGAAAAUCCACACGGGAGAGAAACCGUUCAGUUGCUCCAUUUGUGGUAAAAGCUUUCGACACAAAGGCGCCGUGACGUCCCACAUGGCAACGCACACAGGAGUGAAACCGUUCAGCUGCGGUGUUUGUAACAAAAGGUUCAGGGCCACGUCGCAGCUCAAAGUCCAUAAGUGUGUCGGUGAGUACUCGCGGCGCCACAGAGGCCAAGAAGACGAGCGCCACAAACCGCUGAGCUGCUCUGAAUGUGACGUGAUGUUUCCCAACAAUUACCUCCUGGUGACCCACAUGAGGAUGCACAAAGGAAAGAAACUGUUCACCUGCUCCAUUUGUGGUCAGAAACGCCAGUUUAGUUCACAUCUGGAGAUACACAUGAGAACCCACACCGGAGAGAAACCCUUCAGCUGCUCUGUUUGCGGUAAAAGAUUUUCUCAGAGGGGAAUUAUGUCGCAACACAUGGCGGUUCAUUCGGGGGUGAAACCCUUCAGCUGCACUGUGUGUGGCAGAAGAUUCUUUUGGCAUUUUCAGAUAAAAAAACACAAAUGUCUUGGUGAGUUGUCACAGUUUAGAGGAACUGGCUUUAAUGGAGAAGACUGUGGAGAACCAGACAGGAACUUACAUGCAGAACCAGAUAAAGAGACUGAACCGUAUUCUGAACCUGACGACAGUGUUGACGUUGAGUUUUGGAAAGAGACCAGGAAACAUCAGUCAGGGUUUACUUACCAGAGAAAUAAAAAGGUCUCUGUAAAUGAUGGACUUAAUAGCAAGAAACCAUUCAGCUGCUCUGAUGACACGACUGAAAGUGAACCCAAGACUGAUGACAGAGUGGAUGGGGAUCCACCUCCAUCAGGUCCAAAGCAUCUGAACGGUGAGGAGGUCUCUGUCAGAGAUACAGGACUUAACACUGACAUGAAACCGUUCAGCUCCUCUGAGUGUCAGGAAAGAUCUGAAGACCGUCUCACUCUGCUGACACACAAGGGCCCUCCCACAGAGGAGAAACCAUUCCGCUGCUUGUUUUGUGGGAAAGGAUUUGCGACAGCAGGAUACUUGUCGAGACACAUAUCUGUCCAUACGGGAGAGAAGCCGCUCGGCUGCAUUGUUUGUCAGGAGAGAUUCUCUCUGGAGUCGCACCUCGUAAGUCACGAGUGUGUCGGCGAGUCCUCGCAGCUCCAUGACGACGACGCGUUGGUCGGCAUCCCUCAGAGCGGCGGCGGGUUGAACCCGAAGCACCAGCUGCAGGUUCCCGUGAGACUUCACACAGGGUUGAAACCGUUUGGCUGCUCGGUUUGCGGGAGAACGUUUGCCGAGCGUGAAAGUUUACAGUCACACAUGACGUGUCACUCGGGGGAGAAACCUUUCCGCUGCUCUCUGUGCAACACGGGAUGCAGCGACAGCGAGUCUUUAGUUCAACACAUGAGGAUCCACGCCAGACAAACGCAGUUUAGUUGCACCGUUUGUGGAAAAGAAUUUGCUUGGAGAAGACAUCUGGAAAAACACCUGGAAGUCCACUCGAGGGACAAAGUCUACAGCUGCAGAUAUUGUGACCAAAGAUUCAGUUGGCAUUAUCAACUGAAAUAUCAUAUAUGUGUCGGUCAUCGGUCCUCACAGCUUCAUCACACUGAGGAGAACCGAGAGGCAGAACCUCCAGCCAGCAGCUCAACUGAACACAUGGAAACAGAAGCUGAUGGAGAGGACUGUGGAGGACCAGAACCAGACAGGAACUCGGGACCUGAUGACAAAACUCAAGACUUUUCUGAACCUGAGACUGAUGACAGUGCCGACAGUGAUUUUUGGGAAGAGAGCUGUGGACGUCUGUCGGGUUUAAACUCUCUGAGCGAUGAAACAUUUACCAACCACCACAGAAGAAGUCAUACAGGAGGGGAACUGUCCACAGAAGGAGGAAGUCUUAGCGGGCACAUGGACCCAGAGCCCCCACACAUGGAGGACCAGGAGGACCCAGAGCCCCCACACAUUAAAGAGGACCAGGAGGACCCAGAGCCCCCACACAUUAAAGGGGACCAGGAGGACCCAGAGCCCCCACACAUUAAAGAGGACCAGGAGGACCCAGAGCCCCCACACAUUAAAGGGGACCAGGAGGACCCAGAGCCCCCACACAUUAAAGAGGACCAGGAGGACCCAGACCCCCCACACAUUAAAGGGGACCAGGAGGACCCAGUGCCCCCACACAUUAAAGAGGAACAGGAGGAACUCUGGACCAGUCAGGAGGGAGAGCAGCUUCAAGGUCUGGAGGAGGCUGGUAUCAGGUUCUCAUUCACUACUGUGAAGAGUGAAGAUGAUGAAGAGGAAGCUCAGUCCUCUCAUCUUCAUCAAAGACAAACUGAACAGAUGGAAACAGAAGCUGAUGGAGAGGACUGUGGAGGACCAGAACCAGACAGGAACCCAGAUAGACAUCUAGAACCAGACAGGAAGUCAGAUCCAGAACCAGACAGGAAGUCAGAUCCAGAACCAGACAGGAAGUCAGAUCCAGAACCAGAUACUAAUGACAGUGUUGAUAGUGAUUUUUGGAAGGAGACCAGAGAACCUCAGUCAGUUUUAAACUCUCUGAAACAUAAUCAAGUCUCUGACGCUAUUAUGGGAUGUCAUUCUGUCAACAAAGAUGUCGGAAUGUCCGAGUGUCUUGAACCCGACAGCGACGACAGCGUUGACAGUGACUUCUGGAAAGACAACAGGAAGUCGAGUCUAAACUCUCUGAACAGUAACGAAGUUCCCGAAUGUGAAACGAGAUACAUCGUCACGAAACCGUACAGCUGCACCGAGUGCGGGAAAAGAUUUCACCACGACUACAAUCUGAAGAACCACAUGAAGUACCACACGGGGGAGAAGGCCUUCUUCUGCUCCGUCUGCGGCCUGAAGUGUCUUUACAAAUCCCACCUGGAGAUCCACAUGAGAACCCACACCAGGGAGAAGCCGUUCCCGUGCCCAGUUUGUGGUAAGAAGUAUGCGCACAAGGCCAGCAUGCAGUCCCACAUGGCCGUCCACACGGUGGAGAACCAGUACAGCUGCAGCGUCUGUGGCAAAGGCUUCGCUUGGUUCACGGAGCUGAAAUACCACCAGUGCGUUGGCGAGUCCUCGUUAUGCUCCGACUGGACAGAAACCGCGUAGCCGUGACGGCGCUCGUCCGUUUUUAUACAUAAGAGACGAAUCUUCAUAAUGUCUUAAUGUCAAAAAAAGAAAAAAAUGAUCCAGUUCUCAGGAUUUGAUCCAAUAAAGCAGCAUCGUCACGAUUGAGAAGCUGCGCAGAAAAAUAAAUGCAUUCUGUUUUUGAGUCGGUUGAGAAAUUGAAAUAACAAUUGUUGUUGUUGUUGUUGUUUGUAUAAACAUAGUUUUCCCUUCUUCGGUCCAUCUUUUGAUUUAAUUUGAAAGGUAAUUCUGUUUAUUAUAUGAACAAACUCAUAAAUGUUGUCAUUCAUUCCUCACUGUAAGUUUUAUAUGAACACUCAAACCACAGAGGAAGAUUCUGAUGACAAUAAACGCGACCUUUGACCUCUCGGUGAACUUCCUGUCGAUAUCUGUUUUAAAGCUUCAUCACACUUAAAUAACUGCAUGUUCCAGCUG